AUGUCAAUGUUGAAGGAAUUACUAUCACUGUCUUUAGGCAGUAUUUUGCCUCUUGGAGCUGCUCUCUGUGUUGUUUUUAGCUUGGUCUCGUGGCUCAUUGAUCCGCUACGCAGCGUUCCAGGACCGCCUCUUGCACGAUUCACACGUCUGUGGUAUCUCUAUAAAAUAUACCAAGGCGAUUUUGAGAGGACGAAUGUCGACCUCCAUAAGAAGUAUGGGCCAGUUGUGCGGAUUGCGCCGAAUGAGUAUUCCAUCGACGACGUUGAAGCCGCGAAAAUAAUCUACGGGCAUGGAAAUGCGUUUGUCAAGGCUCCAUGGUACUGGGCAUGGAUGCCGCCAGAUCCCGACAAGGCGUCCCUCUUUGCCGACCUUAACCCUCAUCGCCAUGGCGUACAACGCCGCAAGUUUGCUUCCGCAUACUCAAUGAGCUCUCUUGUGGGCUACGAGCCGUUUGUUGAUAACUGUAGCUGUCUGUUCGUUUUGCGCUUCCAUGAGAUAGCUCAGACCGGCCGGAAAGUGAACUUUGGGCUUUGGUUCCAAUGCUACGCGUUCGAUGUUAUUGGCGAGAUAACAUUUGGAAAGCGCUUUGGAUUCCUCGACAUGGGCGUUGAUAAGGAAGGAGUCUUCGGAGCCAUUGACUCGCGAGGUUCAUACAGCACAUACGUUGGCAUAUUCCCAAAGCUCCACAAUAUCCUCUUCCCUCUUCUUCCAUCUACUGGGGGCCACGGAUAUGUCGCAGGUUAUACCAAAUCUCAGAUCGCGUCACGAGAGGCGUUGCUCAAAGACCCCAAAAGUCAAGACCGUGAUGGCCCACCCGAUUUUGUGUCUAAGUUUCUGGCUCUUCGUGCUGAAGAUCCAGAGAAAAUGACACCAAGUGACUUAUUUACCAUCUGCCAGAGCAACAUUGGGGCAGGUAGCGACACGACCGCCAUCACGCUCUCCUCGGUCCUCUAUCAUCUCCUUAAGCACCCUGCUACGUACAAGCGCCUCCAAAACGAAAUCGACGCUGGCAUAGCCGCAGGUGCUAUCUCUGACCCAAUCACUUUCAAAGAAGCUACCCAACUUCCCUUCCUCCAAGCUGUUAUCAAAGAAGGCCUCCGCCUACACUCAGCCACCGGAUUACCUCUCUCACGUGUGGUACCUCCCUGUGGUGCCACGCUUGCCGGGCAGAAAUUCCCCGCUGGCUGCACGGUCGGCAUCAACGCCUGGGUGGCACAUCGUAACACUUCCGUGUACGGGGCUGAUGCAGACACCUGGCGGCCAGAGCGCUGGUUAGAGAUUAAGGAGCAUAACAAUGGGGCAAAUGUUGAGCGUUAUUUCUUUGCGUUUGGGAUGGGUAGUCGGACAUGUAUUGGAAAGAAUUUGAGCUUGCUAGAGGUGAGCAAACUUAUUCCGGAGGUAGUGAGGAGGUUUGAAUUUGUUCUCGAUGAUGAGACUACGGUCUUCAAUUUUGCGGAGAUGUCAAUCACAAAUAAUAUCAGGGAUCUGUUGACAAUCACAGAGGACAGAGAGAACAACCUAGUAUUCGAAAAGAAUGUUUCCGUGCCUCUAAAAGAUUCUCCUCUACCCGUACGCUGCAAUGUGUAUCGGCCGUUAUCCCAAUCAGCAGACGAGAAGUUUCCAGUUUUGGUGACCUAUGGGCCGUACGGGAAAGACAUCCAUUAUGACAAUUUCUUUGCCAAGUCAUUCUCGGAAGUGAAUCCUGAGCAUAAGAGCAAGUACAGCGCGUGGGAGACACCCGACCCGGUGUUCUGGACUUCAAAGGGCUAUGUCGUAGUUCGAUGUGAUGAGCGGGGACUAGGACAAAGUCCAGGCUUGCUGGACACAAUGUCAAGAAGCACGAGCGAGUGUUUUUUCGAUGUUGUCGAAUGGGCAUCGGAGCAGCCUUGGUCAUCAGGUAAGGUGGGCUUGCUAGGAAUAAGUUACUAUGCAGGCAGUCAGUGGCGAGUAGCGGCACGCAGGCCCAAGGGCCUCGCUGCAAUAGUGCCAUGGGAAGGCAUGACAGACUACUAUCGUGAUCGGUGUCGACAUGGCGGUAUAUUAUCAAACGACUUCAUCAAAUUUUGGUGGAAUCGACAAGUUGUUACGAAUCAGUACGGAAAGCCUGGCCGCGCCGCAUCCAAAUGGGGCGAGGACACAGCUGAAGGUGAUUUGCCUGAGGAUGUAUUGAUGCAGAAUCGAAAUGAUCAGAACAUCGACAACGAGAAAAAUAAAUUUCUAGACGACACUUACUAUGCAUCCAAGGAAUUUAACCUUGGGGAUAUCGAGGUUCCUGUUUUGUCCGUGGCUAACUGGGGAGGGAUAUUGUUACAUUUGAGAGGUAACAUCAACGGGUACAAGUGGGCAGGGUCCAAGCUAAAGUAUCUUCGCUUUAUUACCGGUCGCCACGAUCUGCCGUUCUACUGCAAGGAGGAAGUUGAGGUUCAAAGAUCCUUCCUUGAUGCCUUUCUUAAAGGUGACGAUAGAGUUGGAUGGUCUACUCCAGGCAAAGUCGCACCCGUAAGCAUCAUCUUACGCAAAGGUAAUGUGGGAUUCAAUAACGCAGAGUCAGAAAAAGUGUACGAAAGGCGAGAAGAGCCAGAAUGGCCAUUGGAGGGAACACAGUAUACCAAGUUCUAUCUGACACCCGAGAACACCCUUUCUACUACUGUCCCAUUUGUUGGUUCUUCAACCAUCUCAUACGAAGCCCUUGGAAAUCUUUCAAGUCCACAGCUAGUCCAAUUCAUCAGUGCUCCAUUUGAGGCCGACACUGAGAUUACAGGGCAUAUAACUGCCCAUUUAAAUGUUUCCUUAACUCCGGACUCCACUGCUACCGCCUCACAGAAGGACAUCGACCUUUUUGUGACCAUACGCUACAUCGACCCGUCCGGCAAAGAGGUCCACUACACUGGCACUGCUGGUGAUCCUAUCCCUCUCGCCAAAGGCUGGCUCCGUGUCUCACUGCGGAAGGUUGCCACGGAUCACCCACGCCACAGCGAGUACCAGCCGUACCGCGAGUACCGCUCAAUCGAUGUCCAGGAGGUCAAACCUAAUGCUAUCUACGCGGUCGAUGUCGAGGUCUGGCCGACAAACGUGAUCGCUGAAAAGGGGGGUAGAAUAGUAUUUGAAAUUUCCUCUGGAGACACUCAGGGGAGUGGCAUUUUUACGCACACAAAUGUGAAAGACAGAUCCAAGAAUAUUUUUUCCGGGACGAACAAUCUCCAUUUUGGAGAAGGCAUAGACAACUACGUCACACUUCCAAUUAUACCUAAAAGAUAG